AUGGAAGAUGUGUUUCAGCGAGAUUGGACCAAGGUUGUCCCAUCCCCUUUCUUCCAGGUGGAAUCUCUGUUGGAAGAGAUGACAAUGAGUCUGGGCCCCUUGUUGUUGGUCUUCAUGCUGGGUCUGGUUUUGAUCCCACCAACUCUGGCACAGAAUGACCCCAGGUAUAUCAAAUUCCUGAACCAGCACUAUGAUGCCAAUCCAAAGGGCCGGGACGACAGAUACUGUAACAGCAUAAUGAGUAACCGAAAACUGACCUCUCCCUGCAAAGAACUCAACACAUUUGUUCAUGGUACCAAGGACAACAUCAAGGCCAUCUGUGGAGCAAAAGGAAACCCUUACAGAGAUAACUUAAGAAUAAGCACCUCUCAAUUCCAGAUCACCAUUUGCAAGCAUAGAGGAGGGUCUCCCCGUCCUCCAUGCCGAUACCGAGCGUCCAAAGGGUUCAGACACAUUGUUAUUGCCUGUCAAAAUGGCUUGCCUGUCCACUUAGAUGAAUCUUUUUUCAGUUCAUAG